GCUGAGCCACAGUCCCUAAACACAGAGACGAGGGUGCCAGUCUUUGUGGGUCAGUUCCCGAUCUGCGGAGUGGGGAUUAGCCCCCCGAUAGUCCGGAGAGCCUGGACCAGUUAGGUACAUUUCCCAGGCGCUGCCCGAGGGGCACUGACCUGUGGGUGGCUGCACAGUGCCUGCAGCUCGAUCACUGCCCUAGAUAGUCACAGCAGCCACCUGAUGGCUCCGAGCCCCGCCCGGGGCGCUGCCUUAUUGGGGCACGUGUCCGAGGGAUGAAAAUGAAGGGGAACCGCUCAGCCCCGUCACUGCCACGACCCGGGCCAGCGAAGCCCCCAGCCCUACCUCAGAGAAUGGAGUGGGGAGCGGGCUCUGCCGGGCGGGCCUGCCGGCUGCUCCGGCUGCUCCUGUGUCUCAGCGGCGCGCUCCAGCCUGCAGAAACUCUUCAAGUGUUGAUGGGAAGCACCCCCCUGAUUGUGUCACUGAAUGAUAACAUCUCCAUACCAUGCAAGAUUUCUGGGUUCAAUACAGCAGAACUGGAUAUCAAGAAUGUGGGAGUUACCUGGUAUCUUAAGACUCCAAAGGCAGACCAAGAAGAAAAAGUAUUCACAUUUCAUGCUGGAGCACAUAUUUCCCAUAGAAAUGGGGCCAGUAUGUCUGACAGUGACCUGAAAAGAGGAAAUGCUGCACUCUCACUACCACAGAUACAGUUUAAGGAAGCAGGAAUAUAUAGGUGCUAUGUUAUUGUCGCCCCUUCUGAUGCUCAUGGAACAGCUAUUUUAGAGGUAGUUGCUCAACCAGAAGUCAGCCUGUCUCCAAAGGAAGUUACAAUAGAAAGCAACAAAGAGAAGACCCUGUCGUGUGAUGUCAAUAAGUUCUAUCCAAAUUUGGUUGACAUUAAGUGGACGGAGAUAUCAAAGAAUAACCAGGACAGUAGUGUAGCAGCAGAGAAUAUCCACACAGGAGCCUCUGUAGAAAAUGAAGAUGGCACAUUUAAUGUCACUAGCAUACUAAGGCUGCAACCGUCUUUGCAAGAUAAUGGAAAUGUCUAUAGAUGUAUUGUGAGUCACAAAACAUUUCCUGCCGAGUUACUUCUCAAUAGCACCUUAACUGUCACAGCACCCAAGUCAGCUUUGAUCAGUAUAAUUGGAGCAGUCAUUGGAACAAUAAUAGCCUGCAUUAUUGUGCUCAGUUUGGGUACUUUCGUGUACUGUAGGUGUUUGAAGAAAACUCCACCUGUGACGUGACACUCUAUAUUUGUUAUAGAAAUAUGCCUAUGAUAUGAAUAUGGCAUGACUAAGAUAUUUUAUGCAAGAUGGGUCA